AUGACUGGAGUCGAAUUCGCUGGACGUCUCUUGUGCUCCACGACGGACGCCGGCGUUGGCUCCAUGCUGUGGCCUCGAUCGAAAACUUCUUUCUGCUAUUGGAAUGACCAUUCACUACCACGUCGGCGUCCAAGCCACCGGCAUCUGACGUGGGAAAAACCCGCCCGCCAAAGUUCCAACAUGUCGAAGGCAGCCGGUAUUCCUCCGCACGACAUAGCUGCGUAUUGCGGAGAAGCUCACCAGAUUUUCGAACGCGAGCUGUCUUUGGGAAUCGCACUGCCGCCAUACGUGAGAGGAAACGUGAACGUUGUCGCAGUUGAAGACAAGACCACCGUGCGGCCGUGUGUGAACAUGUGA